AUACCCACAAAUUUAAUAAGGUUCGGGUGCUUGGUUUUUCUCAGUUCACUUCAGGUGCCAGCAGUGUAUCUCAAAAAGCAGCAGUUGCAGCUUUAGGAAUGGGAUAUGCUGGUGGAGAGACAGUGUCAGUUAUGGUCAAGGCAUUCUGUGAGCGGAGAGAUUUUCUGGUUAAAAGCUUUGGAGAAAUGGAGGGAGUUAAAAUCUCAGAGCCUCAGGGAGCUUUUUACCUCUUCCUUGACUUCAGCUCUUACUUUGGAGCUGAGAUCGACGGUUUUGGUGCCAUUAAUGGUUCAGAGUCCCUGUGCCGAUAUUUGCUUGACAAGGCUAAAGUUGCUCUUGUCCCAGGGGAUGCUUUUGGCGAAGACAGCUGCAUCCGCAUAUCGUAUGCAGCUUCCCUUUCCACUCUGAUGGAAGCAGUAGAUAGAAUAAAGAAAGCUCUAAUCUCAGUCAAGCCAGCAGUUCCUGUUUAAAGUUGGGAAGACCUUAAAAUUUAAGGAUCCAAAAUUGGUUCAAGAGACAAUUUGUGUUUCUAUUGUAAUUGCAACACAAUUAGAGUCGCAGUUGGUAUAUUUGUUGUCUACAAUAAUCCAAAAGUAGGUUAUCACUUCAAAAAAUUGCACUUUUACUUGUCUUUUUUUUUU